AUGUGUGAAUGCUUUCUUCAGUCUGAUAAGGAACCAAUAACUCAUGGUAUACUAGGAUUUUCUCCAUACUUUAGCACUUCCGCACUGAGAAUAAAGCAAGUACUUUCACAACAAAGGUUGUUACCUCCAGGGUUUUUUGCCACCUAUAAUCCUUUCAGCAUUAGGGACUGCCCAAUUGGUUCUGGACAAUACAACAAAAGAAAUGUGCAAGAGAGCUUUAUGCCCACAAAUAAUAUUUCAGGCUGCUCCUUUUUAAUGACAGAGAUUCACACUGCCAUUCACAGAAUGAAUAUAGUUCCUAAGAAGUAUGCUCUUUUAUCUAAUUAUAUGUACAUCAAUUAA